GUGAUACCACCAUGGGCUGCGGAUCAUCCGGCAACGUGGUGCCAGUUGAGGGCGCCAAUGGCACCGCGAAUGGCAACGGCAAGGCGAAUGGUGCCAAUGGGCACCACGACGAUGGCUUGCCGACGGUGGUCCUGCCAGAAACGCCGGCUAAACCGAAACCUCAGCAUACCGGUGUCCCAAUCGCCUUUGAAAUCCCCUUGGAAGAGUUCGACGCACAUCAGCGGACAGAAACACCUCCUCCGCACCUCCAACGCCUGCUGCAUCCACCGCAGCAAGAGAUUAGUCUGCCUGAUAUAGAGGAAAAGCUGGCCGAAGCCGAACAGAGAAGGCAACAGAUUUUGCAACAAAGGGCUGCAUCUGCGCAGAAAAGGGCACAGAAGAUGACCAGGUCUUUCCAAGAAAUGAAUGGACUCGAAUCGGAACAUGAAAUGACGGAAUCCACCAAACAUGCCUCGAAGACGUUGACCAUCCCACCCGAUCCAGGACUGGUAGAAGAUAAAAAUAUAUCAUAA